CUUUUACUUCGUUCAUUCGUUCUGUUUUUCGCUGUGUUACAUCGCGUCGUUUGCAUUUGUUUCUGACAUUGUGUACUCAUUUAUUGAUUAAGUUUACAUAGGGGAAGAGAAUCAAUACCAUACAGUCCUGCGUACCUACUCCUUAUUUUAAAACGAUACUUAAAUAGUCAUGUAUUCAAUGAGAAAAUCUAAAACCAAGUUUUAAAUGUUUAAUAUUACGAGUAGGUUGUAAUUAAACAUCAAAAUGCAUCGACGAGGCGGGAAACGCAUUCGGAUGGAUGAUCCUCCACCGGAGUAUGUUAACCCUAUGACUCCAGCAACCCCUAUGACUGACUAUGGCGGGCAGUCUGUACAUGAACCAGAAACACCCAAUGUAAAUUAUUCUGGUUUUAAUGUGGGCGCCGUCGCAAAUUCUACCAUAGCAGAAGCACCUAGAGAAGAAAGUGAAGAUCAGACAGAGGAAGAGACGAGAUCACCAUCACCGGCCCCAACAAAACGAAUAACACGAAGCCGAGGACGAGGUGGUGAUGGUGGAUAUGUCGGCAGAUUAGCAGAGUCUCCUCCUCCUCCGCCUCUUCGACGACGUGGGCGCGGUGGCAGAGGACGAGGUCGGGGAAGAGGUGCUGCCCCACCGCCAGCAUACUCGCCGCCGCCCGUUCUACUGCCUGGGGAUGAUGAAAACAGUCUCUACAAUAUACUUCGCUUUAACAAAACAGCAAUAAAUCAAGUAGUGGACAUGUGGAUAGAGGAGUACAAGAGCAACAGGGAGAGUGCUCUGGUGCAGUUGAUGCAGUUCUUUAUCAACUCAUCUGGUUGUCGCGGCAAAGUCACCCCCGAUAUGGCGCAAAUGGACCACACACUUAUUAUUAAGAAGAUGACACAAGAAUUUGAUGAGGAAAGUGGGGAAUAUCCUCUCAUAAUGACAGGACAGACAUGGAAGAAAUUCCGCUCCAAUUUUUGCGAGUUUAUACAGACACUGGUGAAAAUGUGUCAGUACUCAAUUAUUUACGAUCAGUACCUGAUGGACAACAUCAUCUCCCUGCUCACCGGCCUCUCAGACUCGCAAGUGAGAGCUUUCAGACACACCGCGACACUUGCCGUGAUGAAGCUGAUGACGGCGUUGGUGGACGUGGCGCUGUUGACGAGCGUGAACUGCGACAACUGCCUGCGCCAGUACGAGGCCGAGCGGCUCAAGGCGCGGGACAAGCGCGCCAGCGAGCGCCUCGAGGUGCUGGUCGCCAAGCGCCAGGAGCUGGAGGAGAACAUGGAGGAGAUCAAGAACAUGCUCUCCUACAUGUUCAAAUCCGUGUUCGUGCACCGAUACAGGGAUACUCUGCCCGAUAUCAGAGCCAUUACGAUGUCAGAAAUUGGCAUUUGGAUGGAGAAGUUCCCUGCGCACUUUCUCGACGAUUUGUAUCUUAAAUAUAUCGGGUGGACACUUCACGACAAAGUCGGCGAAGUCCGGCUGCGAUGUCUGCAGGCGUUGCAGCCGCUUUACGAGUGCGAGGAGCUGAAGGGCAAGCUGGAGCUCUUUACGUCCAAGUUCAAAGACCGCAUCGUGUCCAUGUCACUGGACAAGGAGACCGAGGUCGCCGUGCAUGCCGUGCGGCUCGUCAUUGCCAUCCUCAAGAUGCACCCCGACGUGCUGACGGACAAGGACUGCGAGAACGUGUACGAGCUGGUGUACUCGUCGUGGCGCGGCGUGGCGGCGGCGGCGGGCGAGUUCCUCAACGUGCGGCUGUUCCGCGCCGACGACGCGCCGCCGCCCGCGCGCUCGCGCCGCGGCAAGGCGCGCCUGCCCAACACGCCGCUCGUGCGCGACCUCGUGCAGUUCUUCAUCGAGUCCGAGCUGCACGAGCACGGCGCCUACCUCGUCGACUCGCUCAUCGAGUCCAACCCCAUGAUGAAGGACUGGGAGUGCAUGACCGACCUGCUGCUCGAGGAGGCGGGUGCCGGCGAGGAGGCGCUGGACAACCGGCAGGAGUCGUCGCUCAUCGAGCUGAUGGUGUGCUGCGUGCGACAGGCCAGCACCGGCGAGCCGCCCGUCGGCCGCGGCGCCUCGCGCAAGCACCACCACAUGCUGUCCAAGGAGCAGGCCAAGAUGGUGAGCGACGACCGCGCCAAGAUGACGACGCACUUCAUGGUGACGCUGCCGGCGCUGCUCGACAAGUUCGGCGCCGACCCCGAGAAGCUCACCAACCUAGUGGCAAUCCCGCAGUACUUCGACCUCGAGCUGUACACCACGCAACGGCAGGAGGGCAACCUGACGCUGCUGCUGAACAAGAUCCGCGAGAUCGUGAAGGUGCAGACGGAGGCGGAGGUGCUGGAGACGUGCGGGCGCACGCUGGAGGUGCUGUGCGGCGAGCAGCACGCCGUGUACACGCGCUGCAACGUGGCGCGCGCCACCGUCACCGACAUGUGCGUCAACCGCUACAAGGAGGCCAUCGACGACUACCGCAGCCUCGUCGAGGGCGGCGAGACGCCCGACGCCGACGAGCUGUUCAACGUCAUCAACUCGCUGCGCAAGGUGUCCAUCAUGUACAUGUGCCACAACCUCAACGACACCAACAUCUGGGACUCGCUGUUCGAGGACCUGCCCAAGUGCGUGGGCGACGCCGACUCGGGUAUGCCGGCGCAGGCGCUGGUGUACGUGGUGCGCGCGUGCUUCUACUCCGUGCUGUGGUCGCUGCACGAGUUGGAGGAGCGCGGCGAGGGCGGGCCGCUGCGCGAGCGGCUGGCGGCCUACGCCGCGCUGUGCCGCGACGUGGUGGCGCGCGGGCGCUCGGCCGAGCUGCGCGAGGAGGCGUACAGCAGCCUGUGCGACCUGCUCAUCUUCUUCGCCGAGCAGCCCGGCGCGCGCCGCCCCGCGCUCGAGCCCGACGCGCCGCUCUGCGACCUGCUCAACGACUUCGUGCAGGAGUUCGUCUUCGUGCACCACAACUACGACGGUCAAGACGAGAGACGAAUCGAGGAGCUACACAAGCGACGCAACUUUCUCGCCGCCUACUGCAAGCUCAUCGUGUACAACGUGGCGCCCAUCCGCCGCGCAGCCGACGUCUUCAAGCACUACAUCAAGUGCUACAACGACUACGGAGACAUCAUCAAGGCCACGUUGAGCAAGGCGCGCGAGAUCAACAAGCUGAGCUGCGCGCUGACCAUGGAGCUGGCGAUGCAGGCGCUGUACACCGAGCUCGUGCAGCGCCACGCGUCGCCGCACCGCCAACUGCCAGAGUUCCUCGAGCUCAAGGAGCUGGCCAAGCGCUUCUCAGUCAUGUUCGGCCUGGACGCCGUCAAGAAUCGCGAGGCGCUGACGGCGCUGCAUCGCGCCGGAGUCUCCUUCGCCGCGCUCGACCCGCCGCGACACCUGUUAUUCCUCGAGCCGCUCGCGGAGUUCUCCGGCAAGCUGCUGCGUCAGGACAAGCGCGCCGUGCUCAAGUUCGCCGAGUCGCGCUUCUCGACGAUGCAGUGGGGCGAGGAGUGGGCGCCGCUGCUGGCCUACCGCAACUCGCUGCUGACGGACGUGCCCGACGAGCGGCCGCCGCCCGCGCGUCGCCACUACACGCGCCGCAACCGUGGUCAGAACGAGGAGGAGGAGGGCGAUGACAACGCAGACUCGGACGCCGAGCCCGUGUGAGCCGAGUGUUACUACGCGUCUUGUAGCGUCGCUUCGGGUCGCCUCGUGUCGCCUCGGGUAGUCUGUCGUCUACUGUUUUCGGGGGUCGUCUUAUGCCUUCUCGGGUAGUUUCGAGACGAUACGCGAUGAUCGAAGUAUCAUCGUCGUUUUGGUUGUAAAAACAUCUAUAUUUACAUUAUAACUUGUUCGCUUUGACUCCUGAAUUUGUAUAAAGCAUCAAAAUUAACAAUACAAUAAAAUAAGUGCCAAUGAAUAUUUAUAAAACUAUAUUGCACGAAAAUAAAAAGCGGGGCUACACCUGGUGUAGCCUAAAGUCUAUAUAUAGUUCAAUCCACGAAGACGCGCCCCACUAUUUUUCGUGAGGGAACAGCGCACCCCGGUGCGGGGCAUUCAAAAAGAGCACCCGUCAGACGGAUGCUCUUUUUGAAAGCGGAGGUGUAGUCGCCUAGAUUAGUUUACGCAGCGUCGAAUCUUCAGUCAUCAAGAAAGUAAGUACUUAAAAAAAAAUAGUUUUUUUUAAAUUUUACUAACAUUAUUCAUAUAAUAUACAAAAAAACGGAACAUUUUUUUUUCUUAAAAACCAGGCAUGAAAAUAAUAUGAAGUUUUAUGUAUAUUAUUGGUAAUUAUAAUGACAAUUAAAUGUAAUUAUUUUUUUCUAGCCAAGAGAAAUGUUGAAAGUAUAUGAUUUUGAAAAAAUAAUUAAAUAAUAAUUAUGCAGAAAUAAUUACCGAUACUAUAAAUGUCUGUAAUUCAUCGGAAGCUAAACACACGUUUCUGAAGUGUCGAUUCAGACUAAUAUGAUUUUUUUAAUUAAUAAUUAUUAAUAAAAAUUUAAUUUUUAUAAAACCGUUAUUAAGUUAUGGACUUCGAGGAUGUACUUCGUGUUAAGAUAUGGUGCCAUCAUCAUAAAUGGAUUCUACGCAGGGCCCACUCGAAAGUUUAAAUUGUAAUUAAAACUACUUGUAUUUAAAGAUAAAUAUUAUUAGCAAAAAAAAAUAUCACAAAAUACUGAACAUAGAAUAAAUUACAUCGUUAUUUAAAGUCGGUCAUAUAUAUUUAUUUGGGAAACAUACAGCAUAAUAUAAUACAUAAACGUUUGGUAACAAAAUGAGUCUCACAUAAGCCAACAAAGUUUCCACUUUUACAUUCAAACAUGGAGUGAACCUAACAAUAACAAGUUAUUUAACAAUUAAUUAAAUUUAAAAAGCAGAACAAAUAAAAAUAUAGGAAUAUUAAUCACAAAUACAGUUUUAAGGCUUCUAAGAACUUAAAUAAAUAAAAUGUAUAUACUCACCAAAAGGAAUAUAUUUAAUCGUUUAAAACUGAUAGCGUCGGUAAGCGACCGGCGCCUGCUCGACGACCCAAAGGACCACCGAACGGCGAACAACGUAGUGCUGCCAUCUCUCAAACAGCACAGAUAAUAAAUGUCGAAACAAUGAAUGCCGAUUCGAUAACUGUAAUUUAUUUUAUAAACCGAUUAGAUUUGGUAAAAUAAAUACAAUAUUUUAAUAAAAAUUAAAAUAUUGGAAAGUUAAAAUUUUUAGGGUUACAGUUAAUAAAGUAGUAGAGCAAGUUUCCAGUUGACUAUGAACCUCUUCGUGAUUUAAGUUGGUGUGCGCGCCGCGUCGCGACCGGCGCCGUCGUGGACUGGACUAUACAUAUGUACAUAUUGUUUAUAUUUUAAAUGUUUCUUUUAAAACAUAAAUAAACGUAAACUUUAUGAACAACAUUAUAUACAAUAAAGUGUUUACUUUUAAUAACAUUUAUUCUAUUAUAUACAACAAAUGUUGUUUAUGUAUAAAUAGCAGCGCUCGUACUACCGACGAAGUCAUUCCGUUCAUAAAAUAUGUUUUUGAAAAAAUGCCAUCUUAAUUCGAUUCCAAAGCUUCCGCUUCGAGAGUGCGGAAACAGCAUUCAAAAUCAGCAAUGUUUAUUUUAUUGUUAUUGAGUCGGUUAAUACUAAUAAUUACAACUAAUCAAUAAUUCUGGUUUUAAAUACAUUAUAUGUAAAACCAUGAGGCGACACGGGCAACUUUUAAUUUGUUCGUGUUAAAUUUAAGUGAAGAAAAUGUUUCUUCUCGACGUGGUGCCGUCCCUCGACAGCACUGGUUGUCUCGUUGAUGGUUUAGUUGUGUAUAAUAUAUUUUUAUAAUAAAGUUAUUUAAUAAACAAA